AUGCUGUUAGAUUCCACAUGGGCUGCUUGCCCUUCAACAACCCGCGGCCAGCCAACCCAGCUCUCAUCUGACCCAAAAGGCGAACGGCUAGCCUACGCAUCCAACAGGUCCAUAUUCCUUCGGUCGAUAGACAAUCCGUCGGUUUCAACCCAGUACACAGCCCACACUGCAGAGACAACUGUUGCCCGCUUUUCACCCUCCGGAUACUACGUUGCCAGUGGAGACGCUUCUGGUAUUGUGCGUGUGUGGGACUGCGUUGGCGAGGGUGUCACGAAAGGAGAAUAUUCCAUUGUGAGCGGAAGAAUCAACGACCUGGCCUGGGAUGGUGAUUCGCAGCGCAUAAUUGCCGUUGGUAAAGGAAACCAGCGAUUUGGGCACUGCAUAACGGCGGAUAGCGGCAAUACAGUUGGUGAAAUAACGGGUCAUAGUCAGGUUAUCAACUCGGUGUCGAUCAGGCAGCAGAGGCCGUUACGCGCUGCAACGGCUGGAGAUGAUAGGACUCUAGUGUUUUACCACGGAGCUCCCUUCAAAUAUAAUACUGGUAUUCGGGAAAAGCACAAUAACUUCAUCUACGGUGUUGCCUUUAGCCCGAACGGCGAUAGCCUGGUUAGUGUGGGUGGUGACCGGAGGAUUUGGAUCUACGACGGGAAGACUGGAGAGGUCAAGGGCCAGAUUGGAGAGGGUGAACACAAGGGCAGCAUUUUUGGUGUUUCCUGGUCGAGUGAUUCUCGAAAAUUUGUCACUGCUAGCGCUGACCGAACGGUGAAGCUUUGGGAUGUUGAACAGGGCAAGGUUGUUCAGAAUUGGGUCCUCGGGGAGGACGGUGCUGCUGGUGUAGCGGACCAACAGGUCGGAGUUGUAUGGCCUAAUGGAAGAACUGAUGGGUUGACCAUAAGCUUGUCCCUCUCAGGAACUCUUAAUUAUCUGGUUGAAGGGACUGAAAAGCCAAUCAGACGAGUGGAGGGACAUCAGAAAAAUAUAACCACUUUAUCCUCUCGCGAGGCCUGCCCGGGUGAUACUUUUUGGACCGGUAGCUAUGAUGGAAGAGUCUGCCAAUGGAACCUAUCGGACGGAUCGGCACAAACAACUAAUGGGUUGGGACACAACAGCUAUGUUGCGGGCUUUUCGGCCACUGGAGAGGGAAACUCGGGACAUAUAUACAGUGUUGGAUGGGACGAUAAACUAAGAUCCAUUGAUCUGGAUUCUAACUCCUACACCGAGCUUGAUACCAAACUUGCUGCACAGCCAAAGGGCAUUGCUACCGCGGGAGACUUUAUCAUCGCAGCCAGUUCCGACUGUGUUGAGAUAUUUUCCAAGGGAAAACUCACUGGGAAGUACGCCUCUAAAUCACAAAUAACCACCGUUGCUGCUGUCGGUUCAACAGUAGCUAUUGGUGGUGAAGAUGCUUCUAUUUGGAUUGGCAAACUCGACGGUAAUGGUACCGACAUCAACAUUAGCAUCGAGACCAAACUGUUGAGGAACCGAAUUACUGCAUUAGCAUUUUCCCCCGAUGCAUCAAUCCUAGCUGCUGGUGAUUCGAGUGGUAGAAUCAUGGUCUACAAGACCGCAGAUGGCAGCAUAGUUACGGAUCGCUGGGCAGCACAUACCAGUCGUAUCACCUCUCUUUCAUGGAACAAGGAAGUGACUCAUUUAGUGAGCGGUUCGCUCGAUACCAAUAUCUUUGUAUGGAAUCUUGCUCGCCCUGGUGACAGACUGCAGAUGAAGAACGCUCACCAGGAAGGUGUCAACGUUGUUACUUGGAUAGGCGACGGAUCUAAGAUUGCAUCAGGAGGUGCUGACGGUUCCGUAAAGACCUGGAAGGUUGAGCUUGCGAAGUAA